AGGAAGUAAUUGGGGUUUGGGGGUUUCUGUCACUCUAAUUCUUCGUUGCGUCUUUCCUCGCCGAAGGAGAACGAUGUUUCUUUUAAAGAAGCAAGGAUAAUUUCCAGAAAGAAGGCAUUGUUUUCUUCCCAGUAGAUGCAAUUGAAAUCAGGGAUGGCUUUCAUGCAUUCAUUACACUUAAUAUUUUAGUUAAAACUUGGCAUCUGUUGCAUUUUACUGCUUUCUGCCCUGCUUGGAGUUGGCUCCACUUUUGCUUUGUUGCUCUACAAAGUGUCCUGACUGAAUUCAGGAUUUGGCAUAUUACUCAAUUUUUAUGGUUUUGCACACUGGCUUGAUUUGGGAACAUAAAAGCAUUUUAUAAUGCUGCAGCAUGAAGAAGUGUUAAUGUAGACCGGGUCUCAAACCUUCCAGGAAUAGAAAAUAAGAGUCAACAAAGAGAGCUGAACAUGCGGAGAGUGUUUCCCAUAUCCAUGAAUAUUUCCAGGUGGAUGAUCCAGUGUGAUGCCAAAGGUGCCAGUGCUCUCGCCAAACUGUCCUGUAAGCCUAGGCUAUUUUACUGAACCUGAAUCUCUGGAAGGGCAAUUACUGAGAUAUGCUGCUGAGGGCAAGAGCAAUAAGGCCAAGAUAUUAUUAAAGAGAGGUGUGGAAGUCGACAGCCACAAUGCAGCUGGACAGACUGGUUUAUAUAUUGGUGCCCUACUGGGACAUGCUUCUGUAGUUCAGCUGUUUCUACGCUUUGGUGCUAAUCCUAAUCAUCGUUGUUACGAUGGUAGCACACCGGUCCAUGCAGCUGCGUUUUCUGGUCACCCAAGACUUCUCAAUAGUAUCCUGCAAGUGGGAGGAGAUUUAAGAUUCCAUGAUCAAAAGGGUCGGACUCCUAAGGACUGGGCCCAGCAAGCUGGAGGUGAACAAAAUGCAAAGGUUAUGGACAUCAUGCAACAGUACUGUGCUCAGAUGGCAGCACAAGUGCAGCACGGCGAUCAGUCACUGUACUCAAAAAAUCUAGGAGCAUCUUCACGCAGUUGGCGUUCCUCUUUCACCUCACUUUUAUCUACCUCUUUCUGGUAUCUGGACUGUCCCCAGAUGUUUGCAAAUGUGAAGAAGCCAUUUGUUGGAUAUGGAAAUCUCUAUCCAAGUAGAUACGAGCAGCCACGGAUGGCUGCCUUCCUAUCCAUUGCUGAUAAUAACGAACUGAUCAGAGGACAAAGAGAAGCAGAUUGGAGUUAUCAGAAUGGACCAUUUACACUCAUGAGGAACUUGCUAUGGAAUGGACAGUUGGUCACUGUGAGAAGCAUCAAGCCAGAGGCACAUCCCAACUCCAGUAAAGCACGUCGCACCAUGGACUUGCUCCUAGCUGAACAAGAAUACUGCAGCCAACUUCGCCAUCCCUAUCUACUGCUCCUCUUAGCUGUGAGUCCAUCCGUGGAUCUCCAAACAAUCCAGCUUGUCUUUGAAAGAGUGGAAAUGUGCUCCCUCUACUAUGCUUUGCACUGUGAGAAUCCUAGCUCCCCUGCAUCCUCCGCUACAGUGCAUCUACUCCUCCAAGUCUCUGAAGCACUUUUGUUUCUGCAUUCUCGAGGCUAUAUCCAUCGGGCUGUGACCUCCCACGCCAUACAGCUGGUGAGACCUGGCCUUGCCAAGCUCACUAACCUUGAGCACAUGCAACAGAGGAGAGAGAAACUCUGUUUAACUUGGCCUAUCCCACCACCUCCGCUUCUCUACAACUGGUUACCCUUGGAAGUCAUCAGAGACCGACCAGCCUCUGUGAAGUCUGACUUCUACAGUUUCUGCACAGUAAUUCAGGAAAUCUUCACAGGGGAAAUUCCAUGGGAUGGAUUGGAUGGCCUUGAUGUGAAAGAAAAAAUGGAGGGAGGACAGUCUCUCUUAACUGAUGCCCGUGUCCCUGAGCCAUUUUAUGAGGUGGUCAAAAGUGGCACAGCUUUGAAAGAACGUGACCGGACAGGCACUUUUCCUGACUUACGCUACUUACUGCGAGCAGCCCAGCAGGGUGCUGUGGGAGAUUUUCCUUUGCUUUCAUCAACAGCAUCUUGUCCAAAAAAGCUUUGCAUGUGGGCAGGACAAACGGUGUCCACUCAAGACUCUGGCCCCAUCAUUCCUGAAGAAGCACCAUACUUUGAGGUGGAGUCCAGCAACAGAAGUGUAGGACAAAGCACAUUUAGUGCUCAUCCGGGGAGCCAGACAGUGAGACAGGUACAGAAAUAUAGCGAUCAGCAGGCCGGUGUCCCUAACAAAUCUGUAGAACAGCAAAAUCCAAAGUCGAACUGUGACAGCACCUGGGAACACGGGAAGAGUGAUGAGGAGAAGGCUGAGUCUGAUAACACUGUCACGUCAACAGACCUGGGAAAUAGUGUUGCCAGCCAGGAGGAAAAUUUUGUGAACAGCCUACAGGAUUCAGCCUGUCUAUUGGCAAAGGCCCAAGCAUCCUUAGAAAAUCUUGAGAAACGUUUUGCAUCUGGCAUCCAUAUGUUGGAGUCAUUUGUCACCCAUCAAAGGGCACCAGGUCGAACGGGUCAUAGUGAGAGAUCCGUAUCUAAGCGGGUGGUGGUGGAGAAGUGCAAAAAUAGCAUCCAGAACCACUCCCUGCAAAACCUUAUUGAUUUAUCAGCUCAAGCCAGAAGAGAGCAACAGCAAAAUCCUGUCUUACCAGAGAUAUAUCCGAGGUUGGAUAGCCACACAGAAAGGCCUUUUUGUAACACAGAAAGAUUUGACCUCCUUCAGGAAAUUAUCCAGGAGUUGAAAGGAACAAGUGACCCCUUCACGGUGAAUCACAAUCAGCAAGCAUGAAGCAGAAAAGAAAAAGAGAUUGCCUCUUAUCUAAAGAAGGGAGAUCUGAUCCCCACCACUGGACAAGAGAUGGUGACUAGUUAGGUUGAAAAGUAAUGACCCCCUCUAGUUCUCUGUUGAAGAUAGGACUGAGAUAAAAGCAUUUUGUUUCUUCAACAGCAUAGCCAUUGGUAUGCAUCCUGAGAAUUCAGAGUCUCCAGUUCAGAGCCUCAUAUCCUAGAGUAGCACUGAACAUGAUGGCUCUUCAAGAGAACAAUCUAGUUUUUUAAGAAUGAACUAAUGCCAGUUAGAGUAUUUGAGGAGAUCUAGGAGAGCUACAGAUCAAAUAAAGCUUCUAGUGGAUUGAUAAGCAUACAUCACAAUCAAAGCUUUUUGUAGUCAUUUUUACAGCAUAGACUUUGUUCAUCUCAUGUUCUUUUAUGCUUUGAAUUCAAACCUGUCCAGUCAUGCAGCCUUAUACAAAUACCUCAUUUUGUCAUUCUCUAGUGUAUCACAUUUUAUGAAAGUAGAGAAUUGCGCAGAGAGGGGGGGUGAUCCUUUUCUCCUUACCGUGGUUCUGAUGAAAAUAUUUGUCUCUUAACAAAAUCACUUGUUUUUAGCUUAGGUAAAGAAUUGCUAUGCUCUCAUCCUAAGCAAGGUAGCUAAAUUUCCCUUCUUGCUCGGAUCUCAAUUCUGUUUUUUUUUAAAAAAAGGAAAGGAAACACAUAUAUGUUGAAAAAUGAACUGUGUUUGCUGUCCCUUUCAAACCAUUAACAUCAAAUUUAGUUUGAUCUUAGUCUAUUAGUGCUACCGCUAUUUACUUUAAAAUUUUUGUGUAUUAGGAGAAUCUUAAACAAUAUUAAGAUAUUUUGCUGCCUUUCUCUCUCUUAUGAAUUCAAAGUUGUUUAAAAUGGGGGUUUUGCAGGUUAGGUUCUGAUGAGAUUGAGGCAGUUUUUUUACCUUUUAAAAUAUACAGUAAUAGUAUCUUGUAUCCCUCCAAACUACUCUCUGAGUUAUCAGUGUUACAAAAUAGGUGAGCUUAAGAGAAGUGACAAAGUCAAAUUGAUUCUUUUUUAAAUAAUACUAAAGCUCACCUAUUUGUAUUGUUUAAAAAGAGAAUCAAUUUGAAUUUGUUACUUCUCUUAAUUUCUUUAUAAAUAAAUGGAAAAAUGUUUUUGUCACUUCUCUUGAUUUCUUUAUGAAUAAAUGGAAAAAUAUUUUAUGGUUCACUUGUUUUUUGUAAAUCUUUCCCAUUUACCUGAUGGUGUUGCAAAUAGUGCAAUAAUUUUUUCAGUAUUUUUAACUAUUUUUUGUUAUGGACAGGAUUCACUCAUAAUGGAUUCACUCAUAACAUACUUUGGUAGAUUUGUGUGUGUGUGUAAAUUCUAGUCCA